AUGCAUCCGAUCAAGAAAGUCGCUAUCCUUGGGGGUACCGGUGCUUUGGGAGAAGCCCUUGUACCAGCUUUGCUGAAAGCCGGUUUCGAGGUUACAUGCGUCAGCCGCCCCGGUAGCAAAGCCGCAGUCUUUCCUGGUGUGGUUGUCAAAACGGCCGAUUACACGGAUGUCGCAGCACUCACAGAGGCAUUCAGUAACCACGACGCCGUCGUCGAAGCCUUCAACCCCGCUGGAGCAACUCAUCAGGCCCGUAUUCUGAAAGCUAUCCUCGCCGCGGGGGUAAGACACAUCACCACGCCUGAUUUCAGCGGCAACACGUUCCAUCCCAACGCGAAAGACAUCUUCAUCUUCAACCCGAAGCUGGCAGCUCAGCAGGAGCUUGAACGUGUAGUUGCCGAGUCUGACGGGAAGCUGACCUGGACGGCCAUCGUGACCGGUCCUUGGUACGACUGGACCAUUGAGAAGGGCAUAUUCUGGAUCAACAAGGCGAAUCGCACCAUCACGCGUUACGGCUCGGGCGAUCAGAAGUGCAGCAUGAGUCGGCACGCUCUCAACGGCGAGGCACUUGUCGCUGUUUUGAGCGACCACGAGAACUAUCGCAACCGACCGGCCUAUUUCGCCAGUCACACCGUAUCGACCAACCAGCUUAUUUCCACGGUCCAUAAACUGGGGUUUACGGGUUGGGAAGUACUCGAUGUGCCUUUCGACGGAUUUGAGAGUAGGGCUCGCGCCAUAUGGCAAAAGGAUACCGAGAUGGGUGUUGAGGACAGGCUGAACUCAAAAGCUUAUGCGGCUCUUUCUACCGUCGCCCUGUUGGACGAGGAUAACCGCUAUGGAUCCGACUUUGGAGACAAAGUCGAGCCUGGGUGGGGUGAAAGUGAAGUGGCGCUUAUGGACAACUUGAAGAAAUCGCUUAGCUGA